AUGGCCGAUCAGCAGCAACUCAAUUCUUCUCUCCCCGACGCGGCAGCUGACAGCCUGCCAUCUGAUACCCCCUCCAAGGCCGCCCCCGACGCAGCGGGCGAAGAAGGCAGCUCGGCCACGACGACGGCCGCGGCGAUGAGUACUGCCGCAGAAGACGCGGUGGUAGAGACAAGCGAGGGGGAUGCAUCCGCCAAUGCCGCACACAGCGAACAUAAGAAAGGGGGAUCUGCCAGCAGCCCCUUCCUCACGCGGUCCACGGGAGAAGGUCUGGGUCAUCUCGAGCAGCAGGAUGAAAAUGAACAGCAGAGCAAGGAGACCGAAGGAGCCGCUGCACGUGAAGAGCGGUCGGCCAGCCCCAUCCCCACGCCAACCACGCCUGUGGAGGAGUCGGAGGAGGACCGCAUCAUUCUCGGACCGUCCACGCUCAACCCCGAAACCGGGAAGCGUGUCUACAGCCAAGACUUUCUUCUUCUCUUCCAACAGCUCCCGACAUGCCGCGAAAAGCCCGAGGGGCUGUUGGAGAUUGACGACAUUAUUCCAGGCUCCGGGAAGCCGAAGGCUCAGGGUGGACGUUCCGGGCCAGGGGCGCUGCUAGUGGCUCCUCAUGGGUACGCCGUCUGA